GUCAAUACGUUAAAACGAGUAAAUUCGUGUCGUUUCCAGGAAGUUCUAGUCUGUAGCAGCAUUUAAUAUCAAAUUGUGUCUUUUUUUAUUACUUAUUGGGGUGUUGGCAGUACAAUAUCGAGUUGAUUUGGUAACGGAUCAGGUUGAAGGUCAUGCCUUUGUUAUUUCAGAACAGAGAGCUUGGUCGCUUCAGAUCAACAACAGAACUAUUCCACAAGUAUCCAGAUUUACAGGAAAAUGCAAAAGCCUUUCGGUCCAAGCCCCCUAUUGAUGUAGAUCCAAAGACCCUGCUGUAUGUUCAACAGAGAGAGUUUGCAGCAACAACACCAGCAGACAAAUGUGUUUCGGUUUUUGGAUCCGAAGAUGCCACUACCUGCCACUUGGUCGUGCUGCGACACACCGGUAGUGGAGCAGUCUGCCUGGCUCAUUGUGAUGACUUUAGGAUCUGGUCUCAGAUCGCACGGAUUUUAAAAGCUGUAAAAUCACUGAGUAACGUCUGUAAUGAGGGACGAUUUGAGCUUCAUGUUGUUGGAGGCUUUGAUGAUGAUACAAAAACCUCUCAGAAGAUCAGCCUUGACAUACUAGCAGCUUUUCAGAGACAGGAGGAGGAUAUUCACCUAGAGACAUGUUGCAUAACAGAGAUGAAUGAUGUCGUUAAAGAGGGAAUCCAUAGACCGAUAAUAUAUGGGAUCGGUGUGAAUGUCAAAACGGGGGAGGUAUUCCCAGCAUCAUUUUCUUAUAAAGGACCUGCAGAGGACCUGCGGUCGGCGCGGAUCUUGACAGGAGGAGAGAUGGCUGACAUAUAUGACUCAAGUCGUGGACUUGUUAAAAUUGGACCAUGCCACUGGACUCCUGAUCGGAGUAUUGAAUCAUGGUUGACACAAAGUGACGACAUUGUUUUAAAGAACCUGUCUACGUCUCCAAUGGCUGAGCCGCCACACUUUGUCCAACACAUGAAGUCCACCAUCCAGUUCCUUUUGUCACAUCCAAACUCUGAAAGCCUGUUCCCUGGAGGGCAGCCUCAGCUCUACCAUCGGACGGAGAGUGGUACCUGGGAGAGGCUUGUCCAGUCGUAGGAGGCCCUAAUCUUUCUUCAACAAGACCUUUAACCAGUUUCUGACUGUUUUUGCUUCUCAGCUCAAUGGAAACACUGUGACUUCUUUUAACCUUCCGUUUUGCAUGGUUCAAACCCUUGAAUGAUCAACAUACAGCGUUUUAAAACUGUAUUCACAUUUCCCGGACUAUUUCUAGUUCUGUGCAUCCAAUUAGAUUAAAGCUAGUGUUGCAAAUCAAGAGACUGAAUUUUUUUGUGCUUUCUUUUCUUAUGAACAAAUAUGUCCUGCAGCUUGUGUUAAACUAGGGAGGAUCUUGAACCACAGGAUAUGGGACCUUAGUUGGUUAAUACUGGUAUAACCUAACCCCGCUCUGAAGAUUCCCUCAGUUGUCUCCUUGAGCUGAGCUCCUUGGUCUCCACAAUUGUUCACUCAUUUUCUGAAACAAACUUUUGAGGCCUUGAAAGAGGAUCUGCAGUAUAUUCACUUUAUUCACUGAAGGACUCUGUUUUUGAUUAUGUGACUUCUGAAGGUGGUUUGUUACUCUUUUUUAACCCUCAGUGCACUCUGUGACACUGUGGCAUGAUGGAAAGGGCUCAUCCAUCCGCCAUUAGAAAUGCGGAUUGACUGAUGGAUUACAGAGCAAAAUAUGUAAACGUCUAAAAGAAAAAAAAAAAACAGAUGAGCCACAAAGGUAGUCAGGCACAGGAAAAAUAAAGCAGAUCAGAUGCAUUUUAAAAUGAUGGGAGACUGCCUGGAUGUGUGACUGGAUACAACAUGCCCUCAGUGCAGAUUGUUGCACAUUCUGCAUUGAAGCUGCCUAUCACAGCUAUACACUAUUUUUAUGUUGGCCUGUCUGCCUAAAAUAAUUCCAAGAUGCACACUAGCUGAUUUGGAAAUGAGAAAAUCCACUUAAUAGUGCAUGGAUUCUAUUUUUGGUUGAACUGUCCCUCAUGGCUGGUCAGUUUCACAAUUGUUGUGAUGCUGAUGAAACCUUUUAACGGUGCAUGUUUCGCUGGUGUCAGCCAUCAAUUGCAGAAGUGGAUUAAGAAUAAAUGUAAGUGACCCUUCAA